CGGGCCCCUCAAAUUUGCCUAUUCGGUCAACUUUUAUUCGAUAUGUCUGCUGGUUGCGCUGAUCUGUCCAGCCUAAUCUACUGGUCCGAUGCCGAAGUCAAUCCGAUUGGUCUAUUGGUAACAUACUCAGGUUCCACCGGAAAUCGCCUCCUCUUUUGGCAUUCUAGUCGUCAGGCGGCAGUGACUGAAGUUGCCGUGACAACACCUGUUUCUACAGCGGCCCCAGCAACACUAGCUACUGCUUCGACUAUCUCGGUCUCCGAGCCACAGGCAGCCGCCCCAUCAUUGGGAGCGCCAUCAGUUUCCAAUGCGCACUUGGCCGGUCCUUCCAACGCUGUAGGAGCAUCUUCUACAUACGCCGGAAUCACCACCAUUAUGACCAACUCAAGUUCAGGUGCCCUCAUGCGUCUCGGGAUGGCUUCCAGUAGUUCCUUGCUUUCUGAUGCCCCAGAAAAGGGUCCAGAUUUCUCAUCCUUGGUUCCUUCCGCUAAUCCAUAUGCACUCUCUCUGAUUUUGAACAAGCCGACCUCUUCCAUCCUAGCCAAUCUGAAUCCUACUUCCGGUGGGGCUUUAUUUGGAAGUGGUGGUGGAAUUACUGCAAUUACAGGCCUCGUGCCAGGUAACCCAAGCAUUCCUUCGGUCUGCCCUACACCCUACCCAUCAAGCCAUCAAAGUCACUCCACUUCGACACCUGCUGCAAUUCUGACGACAUACUCCUCGCAGCAGCAUGGCCCCACAGAUUCUGCAUCCGUGGUCCCACCUGCUGGGAUGCUGAUUGGGUUUCCCGGGGAAUCACACGCAUCGGUGCAUCUACUGAACCACCAACACCAUCAUACCCACAACCCCCAACCACAUCCAGUGGGAGUAGAAACCAAAGUUGCAUCUCCUUUUGGCCAGACUGGUCGCUCAGACCGAGAGCGUGACUGGGAACGCGAACGAGAGCGAGAUCGAGAUCAACACCGGAAUCGCGACCGUGUCCGCCCACCCAUACGCCACACUCUUCGACCCGAGGAAAGUUUGCCGGCCAGUGCUCUGCUUAGUCUGCUGCAUUCCUGCUCCAAUCAGGUUCAAAAGAAGAUUUUUCUCAAGGUAACUGGUAUCGCCAAUCCAAAAUUAGCCAUUUUCCCUAAAUUUAAUGAUAUCCUAUCGAUAAAAAUAGGGGAGAUAGGAAGUUAA